AGCCGGUACUAUCGCCUGAAAUCUGAAUAUUGACAUUGUACUGCCGACGGAAGAAGGUAAAAGACUAAAACAGUGCUUUACUUUGGCAAUUAAGUGAUUAACGGAGGAAGCUCUGAAUCAGAAGUGUUAAAGAGUAUCUAGAUGAUCGCAUAAUUCCAUGGAUGAUCCCAAGAAACAUCUGGUUUCUCUUCGUGGAGCGAGUGCUAGGGAAAUUACAAGGGGUGCGCUUCUUGAAAAGGUCUCUCAUGAAAGAGAACUCCGUAAUUUUGCUAGGCAAGCUAGUUCCGCUGCUCUUUUUAUCCAGAGGGUUUGGCGGCGGUACAAUGUGUCAGUGAGAGUGGCAUUAGAGUUUCAAAAGGAAUGGAACCGUUCAGUGCAUGAUGCUUCAAGGCCAAUGAAGAAAACCUGGAUUUCCUGUUCUUUAUUAAGGCCCUUCCUGUUUUUUGUGACUCAUUUAUCUCUCAGACGGUGCACCAUCCAAACCCAGGCUGUGAACUCUAUGCGCAGUUGUUUUGUGAUAUUAUUGGAAAAUUUGAAUUCGACAGACCAAGCAAUAAACUUCUGUUCUUUAGCAAUUGGUACAAUCGAGGAGCAAAGAACAUGGAGCUAUCAAGUAAAGAAGCUAGUCUCUUUGUGUUCAUUCGUACUUGCAGACUAUGAUAAUUAUUCUAGAGGGAGUUGUGAAGUUGUCUCUGUUACAGCGUUGUUAAUGCGUUUGGUCAUCAACCUUACUGAUUCAAGGGGAUGGAAGUGCAUAUCUGACGGAAAAUGUGAGGAUGCAGACAGAGCAGUGAAGGACGUGAUUAGAUUUAUUGGCAGUGAUAAAAGUGGCGUAUAUAGAUCUAUUGGGAGAUACAUGACUAAGUUGGAUGCUUCUUGUGCUUCACAAAGUGUUGUUCAGAAGGAUGAUACGUUUCUGAUUACUGCCAGUGCAAUAACUUUAGUAUUGCGACCAUUUCUGGCAUCCUACACAGAUGGAAAGGAUUCUUUACCGCUGGAUAUACAAUGUGCUGCCGAGCAGUAUUGCUUAUUCAUCCUUACAGUACCCUGGCUGGUUCAACGUAUCCCAGCUGUACUUCUGCGUGCUUUGAGGCAUACGUCUACUCUACUCCCCUGCUUUGAGACUCUCCUGAUCUUAAGUGAACAAAUCUUGCUCAAAUACUCAAGGAUGGAUCAAUCUGGAGCUUCUGACCCUAAUUAUAUCCCUCAUGUUGGUUGGAGUCUUUCCAACAUUAUAAGUCUGGUAACAGGGAGUGAAAAUAAAUCCAUCGAGUCGAGCAAUUUUACUGAUGGUAUAGACAUUGUUAGAUAUGUCAAUGUGCUCAAUUUGCUUGCUGAGAGGUUCCUUACUCAGAUUGAGAGUAAUCGAUUUGCACCUAAAGAAAGACAAGCAGUGGAGGAUGAUGGGAAAAGUGCUGCCGAUUCAUAUACAAAUUUUGCCGCCCCAACCUUUGAAUCCUUAAAUUACAUGGACCUGUUGAGACCUGUUUGUCAACAGUGGCAUCUUUCAAAACUCAUGGUCACAGUGAAGGGUAAUGUCACAAAUGAGAGUGAUUCAUAUACGUCAAAGUCUGAUCCAAAACACAUUAAAUUUUUGCAACUGCUUGAUAUUGCUCAUUAUUACUCUUACAUGAUAAGAAUAUAUUCAGCCUUGAAUAGGAUGCUUGGACCAUUGCCGGUUCUUAAUAUGCUUUCGUUUACUCCUGGAUUUCUGGUCAGCAUUUGGGGAAUUCUGGAGCAUGCUCUAUUUCCUGAAGCAGCUCAAGCUUCUGGAAAUGACUUGUACCAUACUGCUGAAAUGUAUGGCAACAAGUCUGCUGGGACUUCAAAGAGAAAACAAAAACGGCCUAGUAAAGAUGGAGCUGCGAAAUGGGUUAAUGUAUUCCAUAAAAUUAGUGGAAAAUCCCAGACAGAUGCAGCUAAUAGCUCUGAUGGGAUAGAUGGUCAAGUUGUAGACAACCAGGGAGAAAGCAAUCUAGAUGAUCAGUGGGAUGUUGAAUCUUUAAGAUUUGGCCUUGAUAGCAUCUCAAAGGAAAAUUUAUGUCUAAUUCAUCUGUUCUGUGCCUCAUAUGCCCACCUACUAUUGGUUCUUGACGAUAUAGAAUUCUACGAGAAACAGGUUCCUUUCACCUUAGAACAGCAGCGCAGGAUUGCAUCAAUGCUAAAUACACUUGUUUACAAUGGCUUGCUUCAUAAUACAGCUCGACAGAAUAAACCAAUAAUGGAUGCAGCUUCUAGAUGUCUUCAAAUGCUAUAUGAACGGGACUGUAGACAUAGGUUUUGCCCUCCUGCCUUGUGGCUUUCACCAGCUCGAAAGAGUAGGCCUCCAAUUGCUAUGGCUGCCAGGACCCAUGAAGUUCAGUUGGAUGUCAAAUCUGAUGACAGUUUGGCCUUUCCGAGCAUGGGUUCUUUUAUAACUGUGACUCCUCAUGUGUAUCCUUUUGAAGAAAGGGUUCAGAUUUUUAGAGAGUUUAUCAAAAUGGACAAGACUUCUCGCAGGAUGGCUGGGGAACUCAAUGCCCCUGGUGAUCGAUCCAUUGCGAUUGUAGUUCGUAGGGGUCAUUUGAUUGAGGAUGGGUUUGAGCAACUGAAUUCUCUGGGAACAAGGUUAAAAUCAUCCAUACAUGUUUCAUUUGUUAGUGAAUGUGGUCUUCCCGAGGCUGGACUGGAUUAUGGUGGUUUGUCCAAGGAAUUCUUAACUGACAUUUCAAAGGCAGCAUUUGACCCACAGUAUGGACUCUUCUGUCAGACAUCAACUUCCGAGGGAUUGUUAAUCCCUAAUACUGCUGCACGAUUUCAAGAGAAUGGUAUUCAGAUGAUUGAAUUUGUUGGAAGAAUCGUUGGAAAAGCUCUGUAUGAAGGAAUCUUACUGGAUUAUUCUUUUUCACAUGUUUUUGUCCAAAAGCUUUUGGGCCGCUAUUGCUUUCUUGAUGAGCUUUCUGCACUUGAUCCAGAGCUCUAUCGGAAUCUGAUGUAUGUCAAGAAUUAUGAAGGUGAUAUAAAAGAACUUUCACUUGAUUUUACUGUCACCGAGGAAUCAUUGGGCAAAAGGCUAAUCAUUGAGCUUAGACCAGGCGGCAAAGACACCAGUGUGAUUAAUGAAAAUAAGUUACAAUAUGUUCAUGCUAUGGCAGAUUAUAAACUGAACCGGCAGAUUUUGCCACUAUCAAAUGCAUUUUAUAGAGGAUUGACGGAUCUCAUUUCACCAUCCUGGUUGAAGUUAUUUAAUGCCAGUGAAUUUAAUCAGUUGCUUUCAGGUGGCAACAUUGAUAUUGAUGUUGACGAUCUGAGGAAAAAUACACGGUAUACUGGUGGCUAUUCUGACGGAAGUCGAACAGUUAAACUCUUUUGGGAGGUUAUGACUGGUUUCGAGCCAAAAGAACGGUGUAUGCUUCUCAAGUUCGUCACAAGUUGUUCACGAGCUCCACUACUUGGCUUUAAACAUUUGCACCCAACUUUUACCAUCCAUAAGGUUUCAUGUGAUGUGCCUCUUUGGGCUGCUAUUGGAGGACAGGAUGUGGAGCGGUUACCCUCAGCGUCGACAUGCUACAACACUCUAAAGCUUCCUACAUAUAAACGGGCAAGCACAUUGAGGGCAAAGCUUCUGUAUGCAAUCAACUCAAAUGCAGGGUUUGAACUUUCUUGAGUACUUCUGUCUGCUUACUAAUUCAGGUGCAGGUAGCAGCGAUAUUACCAUUUUCAAUGGGAUGUGCUAUCAUCUCUAGGAGAGGCCGGUAAAUGUCAAAAACCACCAAUUUUAAGUCAGUGAGUUUUGUCUGCAAGCUCUGUGCCAUGCCAUUUAGUUUUGUGUUAAAUGAUUCAGCAUCUUUGUUAAGUCUUGCUACACAUUCGUUGCUCCCUCCUCCGAAGAGAGUAAUGGCUGCUGGCAAACACCCCAUUGGUGGUAAGCUUGUUACUCCGAUCCUCCUUACUCCGAGCCCAUACAAUGUCUGUAAAAGUAAACCAAAAAUUGUGUAAUAUAUAUAAAUAUUUUUUUGUAAAAGCAAAAAGGGAGUGAAAACUUAAAAAGAUUUCCUCUUAUUUUUCUUUUCAUUUUACUUGGUUUCACCAAGAAGCUUCAUUUGUCUACAAUUUUUUUUUUUCAAUUUGUUUUGUUUUUAUCAGUGUAACAUGAUGUAUGUGUAUAUACAUAUGUGAUUAUAGCCAUUAUGGUUCCUGUAAUUUACUACUGAAGCAUUCGCUUGUCAGAAGGCCCUUCUAUUGGCGCAAAAUAAUGCAUUCGGCAGAGUUAUUGUUAACACUGAUUCGGAUACUCUGGUGAGACUACUCCGCUACCCUCAUGCGUCCGACAUUUCUAUCCAACAUACCCUAGCGGAGAUUCAGCAUCUUGCUGCUUCGUUUAGUUGGUGCAGGAUCACAAAAGUUCACAGGUCACUAGUUUCUCAAGCUCAUGAUUUGGCGCAGCAAUAUAGACACAGUAGAAUUGCUUUCAUUAGUCUCUAGUUUUGUAUGUUUUUGCGGUGUAAAAGAAACUAUUUACUAUCUUCAAAUUAGGAGCCACAUGUGAUUUGGAUUGUUUUAGCCCACUAAAAUUGACAAUAAUAUUAUCAAAAAGUGUGCAUGGAUAUAUAAUGUGACAAUCGAAUUAUAAAUUAGUUUUUCUUUUUACUGUCGUUA